CUCGACUCGCCAUAGGUUGACAUUGCCCAAACAUGGCUGCACACACAUUGAAGAAAUCAAUUUUGUUCGUAGGACGAAUAAAUUGUCACAUUUAUGGAGUUAAUGUGCGUAACCCGUUAAACAGGGCCACAUAUGCAACGGCCUUGUCUACCAAUAAUUCUAGUCAAAAUAAAGGUGAGUUUCCAUGCAAUACAAUGCUGUCACGACGUGGAGCUAACUAGCUAGCUAGCGUGGUCCCAAUGACUAUAUGAAUCCUGGUCCCAAUAAUGUCUAAGUUUCAUAUAGAAAGUUGGAGACCGCAUAGCUAGCUGCUAGGAUAAUUAAAAGUAGGCUGUAUCGUGUUUUUCUGACACAAUCGAUUUCAAUUUCAGGCUUUCCUGACAGAGGGAACAGAGGACCUUUCAACCGAAGACCAAGGAGAGAGGUGAGUGGACAACAAGGAUUGUUGUUUGUUGUAGAUCCAACAGACCCGAGAUCCGACCGGUUCCGGGUCCUAAAUUCUGACUUUUGUCUUGGUUCUGGGUCGGCUCUGAUAUAAUUGCCAGAGGUCUGGAGUGUGCAAAUUAAAAUUGAUAUACCCUCUGGAACCGAUUGGACCUUUCCUAUGUUGAUGUAGUGUUUGUGUGAUGAGAACUGCACAUUUUGUGCGGAUUGCACAUUUUGGUCACUAAAAAAGGGAAAUGUGGGGGGGGGGGGGGGAGUGGCAUGCCAUCUAACCCUAUAUAUCAGGGUUUCCGUUAGGAAAAUGGCGCCAGACAAUGUGACCAGGAAUAUUUUAAUUUACCGGCCAUUUGAGAAUGUACCGGACCCAUAUGCAUACAACUGUUUAUUUCAUAACAAUCAUUUACGACUUGGCAAUUAUUUCCAUUGUCUUGUUUGGAGUGCUCCUUGUAAGCAAUGAUCAUGGGUCUGGUUUCUCUGUCUUGUUAAUGUUGAGGGAGCGCGCACGCGCCUGAGCAUGCGUAGAAGUGGCCUGCUGCGCAUAAAUGUAAUAAAGUUCCCAUUUGGGGAUGUUUGACUUCUGAUUUUCUUAACUCACCACAUCCACCACCGAUAAACUGAACUUCUCAAUCAUUGUUUCUUCAUCUCACACAAUAAGUCAACUAAGGCUGUUUUUUUUUUUUUACAUCAAUUGCGAAUGAUAGCCUAAUAGUUCUUCAUAGUGGGCCUAUUUGAAAAAUCUUUCCAACAAUCUGCCCCUCGAUAAUCACCAAGCCUUUGUGAAAGAGCAAAAUAUCAUAAUCUGAUGAUCCCAUAUUUCCAGUGGAAUCGUCCUAAAAUACUUUUCCCUUGGGCAAAAACAGCUGUCUGUCCCAAGCUCACUGGCCAGAAAACUCUUGCAGAAACCUCUUGAGGGCUAGGAAUAGGCUAGUUGAUACAAUGUUGCAAGUUAGCUAGAGACAGCUUUGGGCUAGAUCCAGUUGAUUGAUUUGAUACAAUGUUGCUCUUUACUAGGGAUAGCUCAAGUCAAGACCAAUAAAAAGACAGGCUGUAGAGAGAUUAAUGUGAAUAAAAUAACCAGAAUUGUCAUAAGUAUAUUUUCUACUGUUCUUAUAUGUUGGCUUUAUAUAUUUUUACCUGGUUGCCAGUGGAAGUUAUUGGCCGUCUGAGUUCUAUGCACACAUUUAGGCUAUUUAGCCUCCAAUGAUCAGUCUAUUUACCCUCCAAUGAUCAGUCUAUUUAGCCUCCAAUGAUCAGUCUAUUUAGCCUCCAAUGAUCAGUCUAUCAAUGUGUCCAUAUGGCAGAGGCUGGUGCUAUCACAUUAGUUGAAUUUUUACUUUUAUAUUUGUAUCAUUUUAAUUCAGAUUUCUAUGACUAAACAUGUGACAUUGAUUUUGAGAAACGAUAACAUUACUAUUGAAAUGAAACUGUUCCACGAUGUCCAUAUGAAAAUCAUAACUGGCACGCAGAUCGGUCGAAGUGGUAGGAUAAAUUGUAUGCUUCCCCAAACUUGAAACUCACACGCUUCCUAUGAAGUCUUUAUAAAAUAAUUGCCUCAAUGUUUCUAUGGUUGGAUUUUCAAGCAAGGUAAGACAUGCCUCAUAAUGAAGUAAAACAUUCCGGUUUGAAAAAAUCUCUCAUACCCAAAAACGUCUCUGCUGCUGCUACUACCACUUCAAUUUUCUGUGAUUUCCUGCCCAUCUGUGCAGUAAAAUGUAAUAACUUUAGCAAUAAACGCCAAGAAGCCACCAUUACUAAAGCACAAACUGUGCGGGUCACUCUGUACUGGCAUACUACUCACAGGGAUCCUCUCAGGCUCCCUAACCCUUUGCCCACCAUCCUCUUCUUUCCUCACUGCCUCUGCAUACAGUGGGGGAAAAAAGUAUUUAGUCAGCCACCAAUUGUGCAAGUUCUCCCACUUAAAAAGAUGAGAGAGGCCUGUAAUUUUCAUCAUAGGUACACGUCAACUAUGACAGACAAAUUGAGAAAAAAAAUUCCAUGAAUUUAUUUGCAAAUUAUGGUGGAAAAUAAGUAUUUGGUCACCUACAAACAAGCAAGAUUUCUGGCUCUCACAGACCUGUAACUUCUUCUUUAAGAGGCUCCUCUGUCCUCCACUCGUUACCUGUAUUAAUGGCACCUGUUUGAACUUGUUAUCAGUAUAAAAGACACCUGUCCACAACCUCAAACAGUCACACUCCAAACUCCACUAUGGCCAAGACCAAAGAGCUGUCAAAGGACACCAGAAACAAAAUUGUAGACCUGCACCAGGCUGGGAAGACUGAAUCUGCAAUAGGUAAGCAGCUUGGUUUGAAGAAAUCAACUGUGGGAGCAAUUAUUAGGAAAUGGAAGACAUACAAGACCACUGAUAAUCUCCCUCGAUCUGGGGCUCCACGCAAGAUCUCACCCUGUGAGGUCAAAAUGAUCACAAGAACGGUGAGCAAAAAUCCCAGAACCACACAGGGGGACCUAGUGAAUGACCUGCAGAGAGCUGGGACCAAAGUAACAAAGCCUACCAUCAGUAACACACUACGCCGCCAGGGACUCAAAUCCUGCAGUGCCAGACGUGUCCCCCUGCUUAAGCCAGUACAUGUCAUGUCCCGUCUGAAGUUUGCUAGAGUGCAUUUGGAUGAUCCAGAAGAGGAUUGGGAGAAUGUCAUAUGGUCAGAUGAAACCAAAAUAGAACUUUUUGGUAAAAACUCAACUCGUCGUGUUUGGAGGACAAAGAAUGCUGAGUUGCAUCCAAAGAACACCAUACCUACUGUGAAGCAUGGGGGUGGAAACAUCAUGCUUUGGGGCUGUUUUUCUGCAAAGGGACCAGGACGACUGAUCCGUGUAAAGGAAAGAAUGAAUGGGGCCAUGUAUCGUGAGAUGUUGAGUGAAAACCUCCUUCCAUCAGCAAGGGCAUUGAAGAUGAAACGUGGCUGGGUCUUUCAGCAUGACAAUGAUCCCAAACACACCGCCUGGGCAACGAAGGAGUGGCUUCGUAAGAAGCAUUUCAAGGUCCUGGAGUGGCCUAGCCAGUCUCCAGAUCUCAACCCCAUAGAACAUCUUUGGAGGGAGUUGAAAGUCCGUGUUGCCCAGCGACAGCCCCAAAACAUCACUGCUCUAGAGGAGAUCUGCAUGGAGGAAUGGGCCAAAAUACCAGCAACAGUGUGUGAAAACCUUGUGAAGACUUACAGAAAACGUUUGACCUGUGUCAUUGCCAACAAAGGGUAUAUAACAAAGUAUUGAGAAACUUUUGUUAUUGACCAAAUACUUAUUUUCCACCAUAAUUUGCAAAUAAAUUCAUUAAAAAUCCUACAAUGUGAUUUUCUGGAUUUUUUUCUCUCAUUUUGUCUGUCAUAGUUGACAUGUACAUAUGAUGAAAAUUACAGGCCUCUCUCAUCUUUUUAAGUGGGAGAACUUGCACAAUUGGUGGCUGACUAAAUACUUUUUUCCCCCACUGUAUUACACUUUCUGCACUGCUCUCACCCAGGAAACUUAAAUCUGUCUCACUCGCAUAGGACAUUUAUGAUCCCCAGCAACAUGGCCACCCCCACAAUUGAAACACUCCACUUUUCCCUCGAAACUACACACUCUUUUGUCCCAUGCCCUCCUACACACACUUCUCAAAUCCGGAAUCUCCCUCCUACAUACUGCUGCAACAUGACCAUAAACUUGCCACCUGAAACACCGUAGUGGGUUCGGAAACGAACGCGCUCACGGGAUAACCUAGCAUGACUUUAUCUGGCAAAUACUCUGCAUCAAAACUCAAAAGAACAGACAGGGUCUCCUCAGUCACUCGUUCAGCACCAGUCUCUCAAUCAGUCACAUCAAACAGUGUGCAUCACAGACACUCGGGAUCCCCAACUUCAGCUGAUCCACCUUAACACUCAAUCCCACCCCAGUUAUCACUCCUUUCGGCGGCGCUCUGCUCCAGAGAGCAAAGCAGACCACCGCUUUCGUCCUGAGUCUCGAAACAUGCAAUACCAUCUCCCUCUGAGCAGUAGGCACAUAACAAAUCCACCUACUGGAUCAAUUGCAACUCAGUAAAACGUAUAGCUUAUGUCCAGCUGAAACUGGUUCCAGCUGCUCACCUCACGUGCGCCUGCUGCUGAGGAGAGAGAGGGAAAGUGAGCGAGUAGGAGGAGCCUUGGUCUAGGCUACUGUUGAUUGCGAAGAUGUAGUUAUUUUUAAUUGACGUAAAACAAAAGAGUAUAGUGAAAAGAAGUCGACAAGGAGAAUGUCCUCAGGGACAAGUUUUAAUAUUGUAGUGGACAAAGAUGAGAAGAACGUUGGCUCGGCCAAAUGGACUGUGUGCAACUCACUAUUCAGGUUUGAUGCAAUUUUCUACCUUCCAUUUAUUGAUUUUCGUAUUUAUUAUCAAUUGUUUAGUCUAUUGUUUAUUAUUAUUGUAGGCCUAUUUAAUCAUCUAAACCAGUUCUUUAACCCUUUAGACCCCAGUAGAAUUCUAGAAUGCUGCUGUAGAUUACUGAGAAUUUAAGAUCAUGCUAAUUUUCUCACACAUUUCAAACAGCUCAAAAACAAAAAACAAAUGACAAUUACAAGUUAACCUGUUCUUUAAUAUGACACCACCAGUGGAGGCUGCUGAGGGGAGGACGGCUCAUAAUAAUGGCUGGAACAGAGCAAAUGGAAUGAAUGGCAUCAAACACAUGGAAAUCAUGUGUUUGAUGCAUUUCAUACCAUUCUGCUCCAGCCAUUACCACGAGCCCGUCCUGUGGACACCACAUCCAUGUCAAUAGGAAUAACACAAAUGUUGUCUUCCAUUGUGUAAAGACACUCACUAUCAAAAAACAAUUAACACUCAACACAACAAAAAACCCUAGAGUAUUUAAUUGUAGUAAAUUUGACUAAAUUACUCAUUCAAAAUGUACCAAGUAUAUUUUACUUACAUAAAAAAUAUAUAUAUAUUAUCCAAAAUGUGACCAAAGUACAAUAUUCAGAAAGUAUUUAAAAACCCACACAAAGUAGGCUAUUUGAUUGUUACAGAAGUAAGAAUUGUUGUAAAAAUGCCAACUAUUUAGAGACUAUUUCAAAAUGUAGAUAACCUCUCUCAAUACAAUUUAGUAAAGACCAGGCCUGAAACAAAAUGUAGAAAUAGUAGCCUACUUUGACAACAAUUCAGUGAAUGCAACAAGUAUUAGAGACGGAUAAAGAGAGAAGAUACAAAACAAUAUUUUAAAAAGUACACCAUUUCCCUAGAACUCCAGAGGGCCGAGUGUCUGCGGGUUUUCGCUCCUCCCUUGUACUUACUUGAUUGAUGAACUAAGGUCACUAAUUAGUAAUGAACUCCCCACACCUGGUUGUCUAGGGCUUAAUUGAAAGGAAAAACCAAAAACCUGCGGACACUAGGCCCUCCAUGGAAUUAGUUUGACACCCCUGCUUUAGUGUUUGCAUUUAGUCUACAACAUGUCAUGGAACUUCUGGAAGCACGGCCCCAUCCUGCAAAGUGGCACAGAACACACAGAGCACCCAAAGGAGGUUUCUACACAUCUCCCACACUUUGCCCUGUGUCCACUCCGGAUGCACACCACACACAGUCUCUUGCACCCUUCAAACUUCACCUGCUUUCAAAUUAAGAGUUACAACUCGGUCCACACGCCCUGGUGCCACACUCUUGGCUCCCCUCUUCCUGCCACUGUAACCAUAUCACAAAGUGAAUGCACUAGCUGCCUUCAGGGACCAGCGCCUGCGGUUUCUGGGAAGGGGCCAUUGCAAGGUCCCCCACACAAUAUACGCAUUUAUGAUGGCAAUGUUGAGCAUCACCCAAACAUACUUCCUCAAUUUUCUGCCUGUGCGUCCAACAUUGUAAUUGCGCCUCAGUUGGUCAAGAUGGUCAACCUCGCCCAUUUUCUUGUUGUAAACCAUUACAAGCUCUGGAACAGAUAAGUUCCUACCACUUUUAAAAACAACUCCAAAACCCCUGCUGCUGUCACUUCAGGCCCAGGCUGUGUGGUACAAGGGUGAAUUGAAUGGUGGGACUUGGGGCAGACACACUCCAUGGAAACGUAGGCUCCCCCAGUUGUGCUCUCCCUCCUCCUCCACUGCGUGGGCAUCUACCCUAAAAUGACAGCUAAGCUGUCAAAUAACAGGAAACGAGGCAGUAUAUAGCCUAUGAAUAUCUGCACCUAGCAAACAUGACAAACCAUAACCAAAGCACAACAUAUAAACACAAAUGGAACCAUUUCGGUGGCUAGAUAGCUGGUUGUCUGUAUGGCUAGCUAGUGAAAGUGACAGCGGAGGUUUACGCUUUGUGAGCGCAGCCAAAAUGUACCACUACACACAACUUUUCUUGCAUGACAGACUAACUAACUAGCUAGCUAUUGCAAACAGCUUUGGCCGUUUUCCAUAUACAUUACAUCAGUAGAAACGACAAAACAACCAACUAGUUAGUUAACUAGCAGUGUUUAGCUGUGUGUAUAUGUAUAUGUGUGUAUAUAUAUAUAUAUAUAUAUAUAGUCAGCUAUUUCCAUGAGACGGAGAGCAAUCAUUCGUGCCCCACUACUGAUGUGCUUGCCUGUACCAACCAAUUGAACAUGACAGGAUUUGCUAAUCUGAGAGCUAUUCCCCAAGUUUCACAGCAUCAAACAUUGACAACACCAAACAUAUAUCUGCUGUUUACUUAUUUCACUCACCUCGACAUCAUCGCUUUUCGAAGUGCAAGGACGUGUCCGAAUCCAUAUCACCAACCAACAAUAGAUACAGUGAAAAGUUGGCUGCUUCGGUGCCGUCAUUUUGAGUAAUGAAGUUGAAAAGUUAAAUGACAGCAUGCCCAGUUUCCUGUUUCUGGUUGAUGACAACAGGUUAUUUGCAAGUUAAUUUUGCGAUAUUGACCUGGAUAUUAUUGUUAGAAAAACAAGGCUGUUCGCGGCCGCUAUAGUUAUUUAAAGAAAGGCAGCCGACGGCCGCUAUGGGUUCUAAAAAUACCCUAUGCAAAAAGUAUUUUGUUUCAUUUUAAGACAUUUUCAUUGUCUAAAUUAAGUUCUGUUUUUUAAAUUUUGUGCUCCAUAUUUAGUUUAAGGUUAAAAGUAGCCCUGUUGUAAAGGAAAUAGCAAUAGUAUUGCUGUCAUUUGUUGGGUAGGCCUAUGGUAGACAAUCGCCUUUGGUAAUGGCUGCAAUAUAAGCCUGUUCAAAACCUUUUUGAAGGUUUCAUUCAAGUUUUGAAUAUGCUCCACAUCGAAACACAAAUAUUAGUUUUCUUUGUUAUAGACAGUUUUUAAGGACACGUAACUGUGGAUAAUUUGGCCAAUAUCGCUUUUUUAUUGAAGGCGCUGGCAGCGCCCAGUUGGAGGUUUCUUUCUCUCUCACUUUCUACUCUCGGAUCUGAACGGGUCUCUCGGAUCCGAACCAGCACAGGUCUGUUUUCCAGGGUUUUCCAGGGAUCAUCCAUUCACCUACUCUGCGUCUCACAAAGACAUGGCGGUUGGAACCAAAAAUCUCAAAUUUCCACCGGUCGAACUUAUCCUCUGCAGCAGGGGUAACUCUGGGUCUUCCUUUCCUGUGGCAGUCCUCAUGAGAGCCAGUUUCAUCAUAGCGCUUGAUGGUUUCUGUGACUGCAAAUUUUCCACAUUGACCUUCAUGUCUUAAAGAAAUGGUGGACUGUCGUUUCUCUUUGCUUAUUUGAGCUGUUCUUGCCAUAAUAUGGACUUGGUCUUUUAUCAAAUAGGGCUAUCUUCUGGAUACCACCCCUACCUUGUCACAACACAACUGAUUGGCUCAAACUCAUUAAGAAGGAAAGACAUUCCACAAAUUAACUUUUUAACAAGGCACACCUGUUAAUUGAAAUGCAUUCCAGGUGACUACCUCAUGAAGCUGGUUGAGAGAAUGCCAAGAGUGUGCAAAGCUGUCAUCAAGGCAACGGGUGGCUACUUUGAAGAAUCUCAAAUAUAAAAUAUAUUUUAAUUUGUUUAACACUUUUUUGGUUACUACAUGAUUCCAUAUGUGUUAUUUCAUAGUUUAGAAAAUUACAAUGUAGAAAAUAGUAAAAAUAAAGAAAAACCCUAGAAGGAGUAGGUGUGUCCAAACCUUUGACUGGUACUGUACAUUGGCAACAGAAAUGUUUAUUUUUCAUUGGACAACAUUUUGCAAAUGACAUCAAGAUAUUUCACAUCAGCACUAGGUGGCCAAUAGCAGCAACCAACUAGUAUAAGUUUCAAAUGUGGUAAAUGCUCUUAUACCCAUAGCACCUCUAAUCCAUUCAACAUUAAGUCCUUACGUUGUUUUGCUGGAAUAUGACUCUGGAUGUAAACUGCAACUCCACCCCCAUAUCUAUUUAUGUCCCUCCUGAACAAUUUGUAUCCAUGUAUAGAGAUCUCAUCACCCUCAAAUAAGAGUCCAAGUGAGUCUCUGAUAUUGCCAACACAUGAAUAUUGUUUGACUGCACUAGACAGCAUAUUUCAUGAAUCUUGUUCCUUAAACUGCAUAUAGUCAAGUGAGCAAUUAACAGACCUUUCUUUGGUAGAUUUACAGUAUUUAUAUGUCCAAACAUGAAUCAGCAGUUGGAAUCUGAGAGAGAUUUUCUCACCGGCAUCUGAGCUAGGAAGGAUGCCUGUAUCUUUGUGGUGACUGGGUGUAUUGAUACACCAUCCAAAGUGUAAUUAAUAACUUCACCAUGCUCAAAGGGAUGCCAUCUACCAAUAUGUGGUCUUUGUGGUUGAAUCUGUGAUUGAAAAUUCACUGCUCAACUGAGGGACCUUAUAGAUAAUUGUAUGUGUGGGGUACAGAGAUGAGGUAGUCAUUCAAAAAUUAUGUUAAACACUAUUAUUGCAGUCCAUGCAACUUAUGUGACUUGUUAAGCACAUUUUCACUCCUGAACUUAUUUAGGCUUGUCGUAAGAAAGGGGUUGAAUUACAUUUUAGCUUUUAAUUUUUUAUUAAUUUGUAAAAAUGUUGAAAAACAUAAUUCCACUUUGACAUUAUGGGGUAUUGUGUAUAGGCCAGUGACCCAAAAAUCUCUUUAAUCCAUUUUAAUUUCAGGCUGUAACGCAACAACAUUUUUGAAAAAGUCAAGGGGUGUGAAUACUUUCUGAAGGCACUGUACGUAGGCCAACAUGGCUCCUACAGCACAUUAUGGUCCUUGGAGAGAGAGGGGCAUGUCAUGAAAUCAGCCCACAUUCUUUACUAUUAAAAAAUAAGUAAUGAGGAUUGUAUCAAGUUUAUUCCAAGCUGUAUAUUGACAGAAAUAAAUAUAUAGUUUGAAGUUGACCCACAUACUGUCUCCUUUCCAUCUGUUCCCUGUCUCCAUGGUGUGUGUCAGGCGGGUGACCCCAGGACAGACAGGAUGGCUGUAGACCAGGACUGGACUGCAGUGUACCCGACCGCUACCCCCUUCAGACAGGGCUCUGUGCCACUGCCUGUCCGCAUGGGCUUCCCAGUGAAGAGAGGGGUACCUCCAGAGAAGAAGGGCAACCUGGAGCUCAUCAAGGUCAGAGGUCUUGAGCUCUAACUUGGCAUGAUAUCAGAGCUUUUGAUGUCAGCAUUAUUUGGCAAUGGGAGGGAAAUAAUGUGUACCAUUAAAGCUGUAUAUUGUAUUGUGCUGUCAGAUCAUACUGGUUCCACAUACUUUACUUGUACAGCAGUAUUUUUCUGUUCUGUGCAUUGUAGCUAAUUCAGGCGUUUAUCAAAACUCUUGUCUCUUUCAGAUUCCAAACUUUUUGCAUUUAACUCCAGCAGCCAUAAAGAAACACUGUGAAGCUCUGAAACGUAAGUCACAAUUACUUAUUGAGUCACACCAAUGUUACUGUAGCAAUAGUAUUUAAUUGUAUUUCUGUUUCUCCUUUCCCUGAAGCGUUCUGCACAGAGUGGCCCUCUGCCCUGGACACAGAUGCUAAAUGUGAUGAGCACUUCCCUGUCAAAGUAGAGAGCAAGGACUAUGUGUCUGCCGGCACCUCCCUCAGAAACCCAUCUGCCCGCAUAGUCAACCUCAGCGUAAGUUUCUGUCUGCCUGUGUUGUAGGCCUAUAUGGUCUGGGACUCAGGAGGUUUAGCAUACAGAUUAAAAUACUAAUAGUUAAAUUAGACUCUUUGACCUGUAUUUUACCCUCUACCAAAUGCAUAGAAAGUGCACGGUUUUCCUCUUUUGUAUAGAAGGGAUCUAGAGAUUCACUAAACUAAGCUCUCAGCUCAUGUCUGGCUGACCUUUCAAUAAAGGUCUCCAUUGUCCGCAUCUAUGCUCUUAAGCCUAUGAAAUGCUGCUCUAACAUACUUGCCGCAAAUGGAGAACGUAAAAACAAAAAUGCUUAGGGGAGAGUGGGGUAAGUUGAGCCAAAGGGUAAAUUGCGGCACCCUUGUUUCUAGGAAACCAUACACAAAAUUAAUAAUUUGACCAAAUAUUUAUGAAGAGUUAAUUCCAUGGAGUCUGAAGGAAGAAACAAUUAAAUAAUUCCGUAUUUCUUCUCAAAUAAGUAGAAAUGUAGUAAAACUAAUAAGAUAACUGCAGACAAACGCUUCUUGUAGCCAUCAAUGAGCUUGCUGCACCCUUCUACUGACAAUUUGGCCCACUUUUUAGCAGCAAACUGCUCUAAUUCUUCCAUAUUUGAGGGGUGCCCUCCACCAACUGCUGUUUUAAGAUCUCGCCAUUGGUUUUGGAUGUGAUUCAGAUCUGGACUCUUCGCUGGCCACUCCAGAACAGUCCAGCAUCUCUUCUUAACCAUUCCUAGGUGCACUUUGAUGUGAUUGGGGUCGUUGUCCUGCUGGAAGACCCAUAACCUUCAAUGGAGACCCAGUUUUUGGACACUGUGUUGAACAUUGGAAUACAAAUCACGUGAUCAUCUGCUGAUUUCAAGAUGCCUUGCACACUUCCAAGGCCCCCAGUACCAGAGGCAGCAAAGCAACCCCACAGCAUUAUCGAACAUCCGCCAUCUUUGAUUGGAGGGUGUUAUUUUUUAUUCAAGCCUUAAUUUGGUCGUCAGUAAACACAGCGCUGAUAUGCAUUGACAAAGAGCUCUAAUUUUGUUUAAUUGGUCCACAGAACAUUUUCCUCAGGAUUUAGGCUUGUUUAGGUGGGCUUUUGAGAAGAUCAAUCAGGCUUUCUUGUCUCCUUCAGCAGUGGGGUCUUCUUAUGUUUACCAACGACCAAAUGAAGCGUUCAAAGAAAAGAACACCCUCCCUACAAUCAAUUAUGGGGGAGAGUCGAUAAUGCUGUGGGAUUGCUUUGCUACCUCUAGUACUGUGUGCAAGACAUCAUGAAAUCAGCAGAUUAUCAAGGUGUUUUAGAGUGCAAUGUUCAACCCAGUGUCCAAAAACGUUGUAUCUGUUGAAGGUUGUGGGUUUUCCAGUAGGACAAAAAACACACACAUAAAAAGCACCCAGGAAUGGUUCAAGAAGAAACGCUGGACUGUUAGUGGCCAGUGAGGAGUCCAGAUCUGAAUCACAUCCAUAACCUAUGGCGUGAGCUGAAAACAGCAGAAGGUGGAGGGCACCCCUAAAACAUUGAAGAUAUAGAACCGUUUGCUGCUGAAGAAUGAGUCAAAUUGCCAGUAGAAAGGUGCAGCAAGCUCAUUGAUGGCUACAAUAAGCAUUUGUUGGCAGCUAGCUUGGUCAAAGUUUAUAAGCUUCAAAACGAGGUCCUAAACCUAGCAUGAAAGUGCAUUCUUGUAGCUGUGUGGGCUAAUAUAUUCAAAAUGUUUAAAUUGAAGUGUUUUUUCCCAGGCGUAAUGCAAGACAUUAUGGCUGGGAUAUGAGGUAACAACAGGCCUGGCCUAUGUUAAGUGUUUUUUUUUUAAGUACAAAAUGUUUGUUAGGUGUUAAGCCUGUGUUUAAACUCAGUUUACUGAAUGACAAGCAGAUAUGAUUCAUGCUGCACAAAACAUUAUUUCCCCUUCCAGCUGUGACAGCUGCAGUUCUUGGAAUCAUUUUAAGUAUAUUUUAAGAUUAAGUGACUUACCGCUGCAGAGUUUCAACAUUUAGUGUGGCAUGGUGCUUAUUAUUUCAGAUGUCAUGAGUCAUAAGUAGGGAUGGAUGGUUGCAUCUAUUGUUUUUGUAUGUUAAAAGGGCAUUAAGGGUUUCAUUUGAAGCAACUUAGGCAAAUCAAAUAAGCUUCAGUAUUAUAAUGUCAGAUUGUGUUUCUGUCCACUCAGCUGAAGCUCUCCAGUCUGAAUUUGGAUGACCAUGCCAGGAAGAAGAUGGUUAAACUGGUAGGAGGAGAGAGGUACUGCAAGGACACGGACACACUCGCCAUCACCACUGACAGGUAAGCAGCACCCCCUGUUGUUCAAUGUACUAUUACAAAUAUCUACUAAUUCCUCUUCAUUAAAAGAGGCUAAGUAAAUAAGUUAUUGGUCCUUCACUAUUGUCAUUGCUUUACAGUGAUGUCUUUUGAUGGAGAGGUUUUAUUUCAACUCGCCCGGUACUUUCUGAUCAAUGUUUAUUUUGUGUUUUUUUUUCAACUUUGCCCUGCCAGCUGCCCUGUGAGACAGCAGAAUUAUGACUAUGCCAUGUACCUCCUGACUGUCCUCUAUCACGAGUCUUGGGUAAGUGUCUUGCUAGUCCAGGGCCGCGUUCAGAUGUACAAUUGAUCCUCAGCUCUAUUCAUGACAUGUCUAUCUGCUACGUUCAGUACGUUGCAUCUUCCUAAACGUGACCCUGGUCAGUGCCAAAGAGCUUGAGUAGACAUGAUCUUCCACCUAACCUCACCACCCAGCCAAUAGGUGGACAAUGAGUAGACAGAUGGUCAGGCAGCCAAGUCCUUCAAUAUCCAGAGCAUCAGAGACCCAUGAUGGACUAGGAAAGAGAUACCUGAUACCUUAAGCCGUCCUUAGAGGUAAAGGGCUUGCAUAUACAUAAGGGCUUUUAAGUAGAAAGAGCACUACAGGCUUUUCUGUUGCCUUUCAACCAAGUCAUGAAUAUUUCAGGAGUUCACUAUUCACAAGUACUGCCCCUCCCCGCCAACCCGCGUGCAGUGGUGGAAAAAGUACCCAAUUGUCAUACUUGAGUAAAAGUAUAGAUACCUUAAUAGAAAGUAAAAGUGAAAGUCACCCAGUAAAAAAACGACUUGAGUAAAAGUCUAAAAGUAUUCGGUUCUAAAUAUACUUAAGUAUCAAAAGUAAAUGUAAUUGCUCAAAUAUACUUAGGUAUCAAAAGUAAAAGUAUAAAUCAUUUCAAAUUCCUUAUAUUAAGCAAAGCAGUGAGUCUGCCAGAUCAGAGGCAGCAGGGAUGACCAUGUGUUCUCUUUAAGUCCUGUCCUGCUAAGCAUUCAAAAUGUAGCGAGUACUUUUGGGUGUCAGGUAAAAUGUAUGGAGUAGAAAGUACAUUUUCUUUAGGAAUGUAGUGAAGUAAAAGUAGUCCAAAAUAUAAAUGGUAAAUUACAGAUACCCCAAAAAACUACUUAAGUAGUACUUUAAAGUAUUUUGACUUAAGUACUUUACACCACUGCCCCCGUGUCCUCUGAGUCCUGCUGAGACACUCGUGUGGCUUUUCCAUGACCAAUGCUCUUCCUCUCUCUGUCUGUUUUCAUUGACAACUACCAAGACCAUGCCAAUCUACAGUAGCUAGCACCAAUGGACUUGAUACCUUUCUCUACCCUUGGUGUGAAAGAGAAAGCCUGUUAGGGAGCUAUGAGUGGUGAAUAGGCAGAAGGAUGGCAUACAGCGGCAUUGUCCCACUGGCAUUUCCCCUCUAAACAGGAGAAAACAGACACCAGAAUAAGAUGCUGACCCCGCCACUUAUUCACAGUACGCCAAAUCCAACCAACACCACACACCUGAGAAAUCCACCACCAGGGUCACCAGCACAGGCUGCUUUCACAUGAGAGUACAGCCAUAAGGGAAUUAAUGGCUCUCCCUGUUGUGCCUUUGGGAGGUCUCUCGCCAAGGCAGCAGGGUUUAGCUGGUAAAAAGCCUUGGCUUUCUGUCUCUCUAAGAAAUGGCGUCAGAGCCGGGAAGCGGAACACUGUCCGCUGCCCUUUACACGCACAAUGGAAGGCACAGUGCAGCCCGCAGGUUGGUGGAAGCUGGGAGGGGGAACCCAUACACCGGUAGUAACGCUAGCCCACAAAGAGGCCAAUUGUUAGCUGCCGCUGAGGUGAUUCUAUCUCUUCACUCAGUGAGAAGGACUCUCGACUUUCUGGACCUGUUGCUAAUUCCGCUGUGGGCUGUUGAUCCAGGCCAGUGCUCUACUGGGACGGACCACAGUCAUCCACCUCACCAUAGCAGGAAGUCUACAGUACUGUACCGUACUUUACCAUCUCGCCCGCUGGGCGCUAGAGGCACUUCAAUCCCCAAGUGACUAUCUAAUAUGUCUAUUCCUUAUCUGAGCGCUCCAGUACUCUCAGUGCCCCAUUCCAGUAAUAACCACAAAUGUCCUCCUCUGUAACUUUGAAAACAGGUGGCUGUUGGUCUGUCAACAUCACCCUCUUUUCAUUCACUGGGCCACACCCGGUGGAGACAAAAGCAAUGGGAGAUAUGGAGUCUGUCUGUCAGACCAAUGGUCAACCACCUGACCUGUUAUAGCUAUAUACACUGAGUAUACCAAAUAUUAGGAACACCUUCCUAAUAUUGAGUUGCACCCCCCCAUUUAAUUUAGUUAGUGGCCAUUUGCCUUAAUUGGAUAAAAAUUUUAUGAAAAAUAUGCAUUCUUUUUUUCUGGUGUAUUUGCACCAUUAUAUCCAGGUAUGGAUCAAAUAGAGAAAACACUAUUGAAAGUAUGAUGGCCAUGUCCAUGGACUCUUAGUGUUGAAAGUGUUCCACAGGUAUGCUGGCCCAUGUUGACGCCAAUGCUUCCCACAGUUGUCAAGUUGGCUGGAUGUCCUUUGGGUGGUGGACCAUUCUUGAUACACACGGGAAACUGUUUAGCGGGAAAAACAGAGCGGCGUUGCAGUUCUUGACACAAACCAGUGCGCCUGGCACCUACUAUCAUAACCCGUUCAAAGGCACUUAAAUCUUUUCUCUUGCCCAUUCACCCUCUGAAUGGCACACAUACACAAUCCAUGUCUCAAGGCUUAAAAAUCCUUCUUGAAUUCCCGAGUGGCGCAGUGGUCUAAGGCACGGCAUCGCAGUGUUAGCUGUGCCACUAGAGAUCCUGGUUCGAAUCCAGGCUCUGUCGUAGCCGGCCGCGACCGGGAGACCCAUGGGGCGGCGCACAAUUGGCCUAGCGUCGUCCAGGGUAGGGGAGGGAAUGGCCGGCAGGGAUGUAGCUCAGUUGGUAGAGCAUGGCGUUUGCAACGCCAGGGUUGUGGGUUUGAUUCCCACGGGGGGCCAGUAUGAAAAAUACAAAAAAUAAUGUAUGCACUCACUAACUGUAAGUCGCUCUGGAUAAGAGCGUCUGCUAAAUGACUAAAAUGUAAAUGUAAACCUGUCUCCUCCCCUUCAUCUACACUGAUUUGAAGUGGAUUUAAAAAGUGACAUCAAUAAGGGAUCAUACCUUUCACCUUGAUUCACCUGGUCAGUCUGUCAUGGAAAGCGUUUAGUAUACUCAGUGUAGUUUGAUUUGAAUUUACAAUCAGAUGGCUAGAUUCUGAAUAAUACUAGAGUACAGAAUCAGUGUGAUUUUAAAGGAACUGCAUUACCUUAGCGGACCCUAUUUGGCCCAGUGAAGAUACUGUAGUGGUGUAAUAAUCCUGACAGUCAGGCUGAGGACAGGAGAGAUUAUCUCUUCCCCAGCCAUCCCCACCCCACCCCACCUCCCUGUCCGCUGGAGGGGUUGGCCUCCAGCCAGCCUUGAUAUUGGGGACCAUAUAGACGUAGUGAGGUCCAUUAACCCCAAACACCUGGGCUGCAGGAGAGCCUGUGGCGGCCCCUGCUUUAAGCUCCCACACAAUGGGCCUAUUGUCCUCUGGGGAAUGUGAUGGGAGGGAGACCGGCUGUGGUGGAGGGACUCAGCACCACGUCUGGAGAAACACUAUCUCUGUGAGAGGACAGGAGAGGAGAACACCACAGAGGGAUGAGGGGGCGACCAAGGCACUCAAGGGGUUCCACACACUGCUCUGUCCCCAAACCCACAAUGACCAUUGUUAUGUUUGGAGGAAAAAGGGGGUCGCUUGCAAGCGAAGAACACCAUCCCAACCGUGAAGCACGGGGGUGGGAGCUUCAAGUUCCUUGGAGAGCUUCAAGUUCCUUGGUGUCCACAUCACCAACAAACUAUCAUGGUCCAAACACACCAAGACAGUCGUGAAGAGGGCAUGACAAAGCCUAUUCCCCCUCAGGAGACUGAAAAUAUUUGGCAUGGGUCCUCAGAUCCUCAAAAGAUUCUACAGCUGCACCAUCGAGAGCAUCCUGACUGGUUGCAUCACCGCCUGGUAUGGCAACUGCUUGGCCUCCGACCGCAAGGCACUACAGAGGGUAGUGCGUACGGCCCAGUACAUCACUGGGGCCAAGCUUCCUGCCAUCCAGGACCUCUAUACCAGGCGGUGUCAGAGGAAGGCCCUCAAAAUUGUCAAAGACUCCAGCCACCCUAGUCAUAGACUGUUCUCUCUGCUACCGCACGGCAAGCGGUACCGGAGUGCCAAGUCUAGGUCCAAAAGACUUCUCAACAGCUUCUACCCCCAAGCCAUAAGACUCCUGAACAGCUAAUCAUGGCUACCCGGACUAUUUGCACUGCCCCCCAACCCCAUCUUUUUACGCUGCUGCUACUCUGUUAAUUAUUUAUGCAGUCACUUUAACUCUACCCACAUGUACAUAUUACUUCAACUACCUCAACUAGCCGGUGCCCCUGCAAAUUGACUGCACCGGUACCCCCCUGUAUAUAUAGCCUCCCUACUGUUAUUUUAUUUUACUUCUGCUCUUUUUUUCUCAACACUUUUUUGUUGUUUUAUUCUACUUUUUUAUUAAAAAUAAAUGCACUGUUGGUUAUGGGCUGUAAGUAAGCAUUUCACUGUAAUGUCUGCACCUGUUGUAUUCGGCGCAUGUAGCCAAUACAAUUUGAUUUGAUUUGAUCAUGCUGUGGGGGUGCUUUGCUGCAGGAGGGACUGGUGCACUUCACAAAAUAGAUAGCAUCAUGAGGAAGGAAAAUGAUGUGGAUAUAUUGAAGCAACAUCUCAAGACAUCAGUCAGGAAGUUAAAGCUUGGUCGCAAAUGGGUCUUCCAAAUGGACAAUGACCCCAAGCGUACUUCCAAAGUUGUGGCAAAAUGGCUUAAGGACAACGAAGUCAAGGUAUUGGAGUGGCCAUCACAAAGCCCUGACCUCAAUCCUAUAGACAAUUUGUGGGAAGAAAAGGUGUGUGCGAGCAAGGAGGCCUACAAACCUGACUAAGUUACACCAGCUCUGUCAGGAGGAAUGGGCCAGAAUUCACCCAACUUAUUGUGGGAAGCUUGUGGAAGGCUACCCGUAACGUUUGACCCAAGUUAAACAAUUUAAAGGCAAUGCUACCAAAUGCUAAUUGAGUGUAUGUACACUUCUGACCCACUGGGAAUGUGAUUAAAGAAAUAAAAGCUGAAAUAAAUAACUACUAUUAUUCUGACAUUUCACAUUCUUAAAAUAAAGUGGUGAUCCUUACUGACCUAAGACAGGGAAUUUUUACUAGGAUUAAAUGUCAGGAAUUGUGAAAAAUUGAGUUUAAAUGUAUUUGGCUAAGGUGUAUGUAAACUUCCGACUUCAACUGUACAUAAGUAUUCAGACCCUUUGCUAUGAGACUUGAAAUUGAGCUCAGGUGCAUCCUGUUUCCAUUGAUCAUCCUUGAUGUUUCUACAAAUUGAUUGGAGUCCACCUGUGGUAAAUUCAACUGAUUUGGACAUGAUUUGGAAAGGCACACACCUGUCUAUAAAAGGUCCCACAGUUGACAGUGCAUAUCAGAGCAAAGACCAAGCCAUGAGGUCGAAGGAAUUGUCCGUUGAGCUCCGAAACAGGAUUGUGUUGAGGCACAGAUCUGGUGAAGGGUACCAAAACAUUUCUGCAGCAUUGAAGGUACCCAAGAACACAGUGGCCUCCAUCAUUCUUAAAUGGAAGAGGUUUGGAACCACCAAGACUCUUCCUACAGCUGGCCACCUGGCCAAAUUGAGCAAUCGGGGGAGAAGGGCCUUGGUCAGGGAGGUGACCAAGAGUUCCUCUGUGAAGAUGGGAGAACCUUCCAGAAGGACAACCAUCUCUGCAGCACUCCACCAAUCAGGCCUUUAUGGUAGAGUGGCCAGAUGGAAGCCACUCGUCAGUAAAAGGCACAUGACAGCCCGCUUGGAGUUUGCCAAAAGGCACCUAAAGGACUCUGACCAUGAGAAACAAGAUUCUCUGGUCUGUGAAACCAAGAUUGAACUCUUUGGCCUGAAUGCCAAGCGUCACGUCUGGAGGAAUCCUGGCACCAUCCCUACGGUGAAGCAUGGUGGUGGCAGCAUCAUGCUGUGGGGAUGUUUUUCAGCGGCAGGGACUGGGAGACUAGUCAGGAAUGAGGGAAAGAUGAACGGAGCAAAGUACAGAGAGAUCCUUGAUGAAAACCUGCUCCAGAGCACUCAGGAACUCAGACUGGGGCGAAGGUUCACCUUCCAACAGGACAACGACACUAAGCACACAGCCAAGACAACGCAGGAGUGGCUUCAGGACAAGUCUCUGAAUGUCCUUGAGUGACCCAGCCAGAGCCCGGACUUGAACCCGAUCUAACAUCUCUGGAGAGACCUGAAAAUAGCUGUGCACCGACGCUCCCCAUCCAAUCUGCAGAGAAGAAUGGGAGAAACUCCCCAAAUACAGGUGUGCCCAGCUUGUAGCGUCAUACCCAAAAAGAAUCGAGGCUGUAAUCACUGCCAAAGGUGCUUCAACAAAGUACAGAGUAAAGGGUCUGAAUACUUAUGCAAAUGAGUUACUUAUUUCGCAACAAAGCCUCCUUCACUCAUGCUGCCAAACAUGCCCUCGUAAAACUGACUAUCCUACCGAUCCUUGACUUCGGCGAUGUCAUUUACAAAAUAGCCUCCAACACUCUACUCAGCAAAUUGGAUGUAGUCUAUCACAGUGCCAUCCGUUUUGUCUCCAAAGCCCCAUACACUACCCACCACUGUGACCUGUACGCUCUUGUUGGCUUGUCCUCACUACAUGUUCGUCGUCAAACCCACUGGCUCCAGGCCAUCUAUAAAUCACUGCAAGGAAAUCCCUGCCUUAUCUUAGCUCAUUGGUCACCAUAGCAACACCCACCCGUAGUAUGCGCUCCAGCAGGUAUAUCUCACUGGUCAUCCCCAAAGCCAACACCUCCUUUGGCCGCCAUUCCUUCCAGUUCUCUGAUGCCAAUGACUGGAACGAAUUGCAAAAAUCUCUGAAGCUGGACUCUUAUCUCCCUCACUAACUUUAGGCGUCAGUUGUCAGAGCACCUUAACGAUCACUGCACCUGUACACAGCCCAUCUGAAAUUAGCCCACCCAACUACCUCAUCCCUAUAUUGUUAUUUAUUUUGCUCAUUUGCACCCCAGUAUCUCUAUUUGCACAUAAUCUCUUGCACAUCUAUCAUUCCAGUGUUAAUUCUAAUUGUAAUUAUUUUGCACUAUAGCCUAUUUAUUGCCUUACCUCCAUAACUUGCUACAUUUGCGCACACUGUAUUUUCUGUUGUAUUUUUGACUUUGUUUUGUUUUACCCCAUAUGGAACUCUGUUGUUGUUUUUAUCGCACUGCUUCGCUUUAUCUUGGCCAGGUCGCAGUUGUAAAUGAGAACUUGUUCUCAACUGGCUUACCUGGUUAAAUAAAGGUGAAAUAGAAAAUAAAAAAAACUUUAUAUGGAAUAGAAUUCCAUGUAGUCAUGGCUCUAUGUAGUACUGUGCGCCUCCCAUAGUCUGUUCUGGGCUUGGGGACUGUGAAGCGACCUCUGGUGGCAUGUCUUGUGGGGUAUGCAUGGGUGCAUUCAACAUUUCAAUACCAAUUUCAAAUACAAGUAGUGAUGAAGUCAAUCUCUCCUCCACUUUGAGCCAGGAGAGAUUGACAUGCAUAUCAUUAAUGUUAGCUCUCUGUGUACAUCCAUGGGCCAGCUGUGCUGUGUGUAGAUUGAUGAGGGAAAAAAUACUAAUGUAAAAAAAUGUCAAGUGGUCUGAAUACUUUCACUGUAGCUAACAAUGUUGUGCUGUUCCACUUACUCUUUCUAGAAAAUUGAGGCAUGGGAGUCAGACAAGACUGUGGCAGACAUGGAGGAGUACAGCUGGGAGGACAGCCCCUCUCAGAAGAACGCCUUGUCCACGUUGGUCCGCAUGCGGGUAGCAGAGGAGGGAGAGGGAGAGGCGGUGAGGGAGGAGCUGCUGGGGAGGCCGGAGGUGCAGGAGUACAGGGACUCUGUGACCAGACUGAAGAACGAGGGAGAGAGCGAGAGCAGCAUGCGCCAGUACAGAGAAGCUGUGCAGAAACUGCUCAACCUCUAAUAUGCCCUCCUCUUCUAUAGAUGCAGAUACACACACACACAUAGGAGAGUGAGCAAGAGCAGUUAUCACUUCAGGUCCAAUCAUGGGACAGUGUAGUCAUCAAUACAAAGCAAAGACCAGAACUCAACUGCUACACCCUUGUGGUGACCAGUUCAAUGUCUAGAGACAAACCUAUCAUCUGAUUUCACCACACACAGCAUGUGAUGCCUGUAACUGUCUUUUGUGAAAUAUUUAUUGACAAUAAAUAAAUGGACCUCUGUUAUAUUUCUGUAAUACAGUUGUCCAAUACUAGUUACGCUAAACUGAUAGCCUGAAGCAAAAAUUUAUCCCUUGCAUUGUAAAUAAAAAGUUCUGAAAUUUGG